AUGAAAAAUAACUUAUUUACUUAUGAGAAUAUUUUUAAGAAUAAAAAUAUAAAUAUUAUUGAUAAAAUAAAAGAAAAAAGGAAAAGUACACAAGACAUUAAUAAUGUAUCCAUAAAAGAAAAGGAGAAUGAUAAUUGUGAUGUAAAUAAUAAGGAUACACAAGGAGAGAAAAGUAACCAAAAAGAGAAUGAAGAAAAUAUACACAUGGAUAAAAAUAAUAUUAAUAAUAAGGAGGUUUGUAAAAAUGAUAAAAAUAUAGAUAUGUGUCAGUCUUUAUUAGGUAAGGAUAAUUUGGAAUAUACGAAUAAUAAUGUGAAUGGAUUUAAUAAUAUAUCAGAAGAUACUUUUCUUAAUUUUAAAUUAAGAAAAAAAAAAAAUGACAUAUCAGCUCUUUUUGAUGAUAAUACGUAUGAUAUGGAAAUAUCUUAUAAUGAAAGGGAUGAAAGGAAUGAAAAGGAUGAAAACAAUGAAAACAAUGAAAACAAUGAAAACAAUGAAAGGAAUGAAAACAAUGAAAGGAAUGAAAACAAUGAAAGGAAUGAAAACAAUGAAAAUGACGAAAAGGACAAAAGGGAUGAUAAAAUUUUUGAUAAAAAUUCUUUUUUCUUAUCACCUUCUGUAGUUAUGGAACCACAAGAAGAAUUUUCUUCUUAUAUAAAUAGCAUAAAUAAUAAUGAAAUGAACAAUAAUAAUAAUAAUAAUAGUAGCAAUUAUAGGAAUAACAUUUUUUAUGAUAACGUGGAAACUUUUAAUGUAAUAAAUCAAACACAAAAUGAAGGAAAUGAAAAUUUGCAUAUAAAUAAAAAGGGAAAGGUAGAAAAUUAUUUUAAUGAUUGUAAAAAAGAAUUUUUAGUAGAUAAGAAUUUUAAUGAUGAAUAUUAUGAGGAGGAUAUAAAUAAAUAUAUGAGUAAUAAUAAAGUAGAAAAGUUAAUUAUUGAUAAAGAAAAAGAAAAUAAUGAAUAUAAUAAAACAAAUGGAGACAGUUUUCAUCAUGGUAAUAAUAUAAACAUUACUGAACAUUUAAAUAACGAUUCAUUAAUAAUUUAUUCUCAGAAGACUUAUUUUCAUGAUUAUAAUUUGAAGGAUACGAAUAAUCAGCAUAUAAAUAAUGAAAAUAUUAUAUUAAAGGAUAAAAGUGAAGAAGAAAAUCAAAGUAAUAAUAAUCAAGAAGAUUAUAAUAAGAUAAGAGAAAGUGUACGUUUAAAUAAUAAUAUAAUGGAUAACAAUUCUUUUUUGUGGAAUGAUAAAAAUGACAGAAUGAGUUGUGAAUAUAAUGAGGAUAGAAAUGUAUGCAACGAAAACUUAAAAGAUAUUUUUAAUAAUGAACAGGAGAAAGAGUAUAUGCAAAUGAACAUUCAAAAUAAUAAUAAUAAUAAUAAUAAGUAUAUUUAUAAUAAUAAUAAGUAUAUUUAUAAUAAUAAUAAGUAUAUUUAUAAUAAUAAUAAGUAUAUUUACGAUAAUAUAAAGAUGUAUCAUAAAGGAGAUAAUGUACAUAUAAAUGCAGCUACUAUCAAAGAUAAUAAUAACAAUGUUGAUGUUAUUUCUAAAAAGGAUGUUAUAAACAUACCAAGUGUUCAUAAAAAUGUACAUGUUAGUUUUUGCUUUGGUAACAAUGGAACUUUUUUCUUUAGUAAAAAUUCCAAGAUUAAAUAUCAAUCUUUAAUUAACGUAAUAGAAAUACAUAUAAACAAAAAAAAAAGAAAGAUGCAUAUAUUUAAUGAAAAGAAUAAUGAGGAAAAUAAUAUUUAUAUGAAUAAUAAUUGUAAUUAUAAUAAUUAUUGUAAUAGAAAUGUUGAUAAUAAUGAUGUUAAGCAUUGUCAUAAUAAUAAUAUGGAGAAGUUCAUUUAUUGUUUAAAAAAUUUCCCAGGACCCUUUAGUAGAAAAAGUAAUAAAGUAGAUCAUAAAAUAGAAGAAUUUUUAAAAGGAUAUAUAAAUAUCAAUAAAUCAAGAUCAGUAAAUGAUAAUAUUUUUGAAGAUAUUCAAAAGAAUUGUUUAUAUAAUUUUUUAUUGAAUAUUUUGAAAAAACCAUAUUUAACUAAUUUUAAUUUAAAAGAGAUUUCUAUUGAAAAAAAAAAUGAUAUAAAUAAAAAUAUUAAUCAUAAAGGAAAUAAUAUUAUUUCGUAUUUUUUAGACAAUUAUCAAGAGAAAAAAGAUAUAAAAGAUGAUAUAUACUUAUCAGAUGAUUUUGAUGAAGAUGGAGAUAUAGAUAUAGAUAGUUUAUCAAAUAAUGAAAUGGAUGAGUUUGAUAUAAAUGAAUAUGUUAAAAAUGAUUCUAAUAAAAUAAAAAAAUAUGAUGAAACAUACAACAACAAUCAUAUAAAUAUCUAUAACCAUACAAAUAAUAAUAGUAAUAAUAUUAUAAUGAAUAAUAAUGUUGAUAAGAAAAAAAAUGUAUUCAAUAAAAAUCAGAAGAAAUGCUAUACUGAUGUUUAUGAAAAUAAUAAAAAUAUUCAUGAUAUAUGUAUAAAUAAUAAUACUUAUUUUUUUUUCGAUUUUAUAAAUAAAGAAUUUAUUAUGGAAUUAUAUAAACUAGAAAAAAAGAAUGAACGUAUUACCCAUGAUGAUAUUUAUUUAUUAUAUUUCCAUAUGUGUAUAUAUAAUAGUAAGAAAGCUACCAACGUUUGUAUAAAAAAAGAAUUAUAUAAAUAUUUUUUUUUGGUUUUAAGGAAAUAUAAUAAAAAGAAAUAUUAUAAAAUGCUAGAUAAAUAUAUUAGUUAUAUUAAGAGAUCAAUUAAUAAUGAAUUAGAAAUGAAAAAUGAUAUGAAAAAUAUUUACAAAAUUUAUAAUUAUAAUAUAUAUGACGAAAUAUGUACUGAAGCUUUUGUAUUCUUUUUAUGUAUAUUAAAUAAGAAAAAUAUGAUUUUUAAAAAAAAUAUAUUAGUUAAUUAUUGGUAUGCAUUUUAUACAUUAAUUUUUCAUAAUUUUAUAUUUCAAUAUAAAGAAAAUGAAAUCCAGUUUGCGGAUUAUAAAGAAGAUAUAAUUAAUUUUUUUAUAUAUCUUAUACAUUUAUUAUAUGAAAAAAAAAAAAAUGCAGAAGCGCAAUUUUUACUUUUGUUAAUAUCGAACAAUCCUUUUGUAUUUUCCUUUUCACCUUGUACAAAAAAUGAUGAGAAUUAUGUAGAGGAUGUUAAUAAAAUUUAUAGUACUAACAUUGGAAGUAAUCAAAUUUAUAGUGAUCAUAUUUAUGAUAAUAAUAUUCAUAGUAAUAAUAACAUUCGUGGUAAUAAUAUUCAUUGUAAUAAUAAUCCUAGUCAUUGUAAUAAUUACAUUCAUAGUAAUGAUUUGUAUAACCGUUCAAACAUAGAAAAAUCCAAUGCUGUUGGCUAUUGUGGGUUGUUGAAUUCGCAUUUCGAUAUUAUGUGCUUUCAAGUUUGUGAUAUAUAUGAAUAUAUGUGUAGAUAUGAAAAAGAUGAUUUUUUUUUUGAACAACUUAUUUUUUAUAAAAUUAUAUAUGCAUACAUUUUAUUAGAAUUUGGUAUUCUUUCUCAAGCACAACGAUAUGUAGAAAUAUUAUAUUAUUACAUUGAUGUAAUAAAAAAUGAGAGAAAAAAAAAUUCUUAUUUAUUAUAUUUAUAUGAUACCUUAUUAGAAAAAACAAAAUUUAUAUUUACAACAACAACAAAUAAAGAUAUUUUAUCAUUACAAAGAAAGUCUUGUGUGUCCAAUGAUGAAGUCAUAUAUACUUAUAAGUUUAUAUCUAAUUCUGGCAUAACUACAACAAUACCAAAAGAUAAUAUGUAUGAACAUAUGAUGAAUAAGAACCAUAGUAAUAAUAUUAAAGGAUAUGUAAAUUAUAAUAAUAUGAAUGAUACUAAUGUUAAUUAUAUAAAUGAAUAUACAACGACUAAUACUGACAUAAAUGCAUUUAAUAAUUCGCCUAUACAUAAUAGAAAUAAAACUAUACAUGUACAAACACAAGAAAAUAUAAAUGAGAAUUUUAAUAUAAAAACAAAUAGAACAGUGACAGAUCAUUUAGGGGGAAAAAAUGUUUAUUCCAAUAUAAAAGAAGAGAAGCUUAAUAGCACAAUGUUUGAUAUGUUGAAAAGUAAUAAUAAUAAUUCAUUAUAUAAUGAAAAUGAGAAUAUUCAAUCAUGUGAUAUGUUAAAUGGUGAUAAUCGUACAAAUAUAAAUCGGGACAGCUCUAUUAUACAUAUUCAAAAUGGAUUAAGUGUUCACCAAGCGAUUAAUAAUAAUAAUAAUAAUAAUAUAUACCAUAAUAAUAAUAUGUAUCAUAGUAAUAAUAAUAAUAAUAAUAUAUACCAUAAUAAUAUGUACCAUAAUAAUAAUAAAUAUUAUGCUUAUGAACAUGCUUCAUCCAAUGUAAACCCUUCCUCCUAUUUUGCUGCAGAACAAAAUGAGGCACCUUACAAUUUGACAAUUAAUAAUAAGAAUAAUAAUAUAGGAACAAAUUAUAACUUUCCAAGUGUAAAUAAUAAUACGCAUGGACAUAUGUAUAAUGAUAUAAAUAACCAUGUCAGUACACAUGAGAAAAGUACUGAAGGUACAUAUCGUUACAAUGUGCCUAAUGUGCCGAAUAAUGAUAAUAAUAAUAAUCAUAAUAAUAAUAAUAAUCAUAAUAAUAUAACAUCUGUGUAUUCUCAAAACUUUACAAAUGUUGUAGAACAAAAUAAUAAUGCUAAGGACACGUUGCAAGUACAAAAUGAAAAGGGAAUCAUGUGUGAUCCAUUAAAUGUUCAUAUAAAUACGCAUAAUUCUUUAUAUGAUAAUAAAAAUGUAGAAGGAAAUUUUACCAACAAUAUAAAAAAAGAUAACAAUAUGAAUGUAAAGAAUAAUAAUAUGCACAUUGAUAAUAUAAAUGUCCAAAAUUCUAGUGAUAAGAAUUUAUCAUCAUCACAUGAUCAGCAACAAUGUGCAAAUGAAAAUAAUAUGGAUCUUAUAAAUAUGGGGAAAAGUUUCAUUUCGGGUUUUUUUUCAAAUAUAAAGGAAAAAAUUAAAAAAACUGAAUAUAUGCAAGAAGAAGAAGAAGAAGAAAAUAUUUUUUAUUAUGAUUAUGAAAAAAAACGUUGGAGAGAAAAAGGUGUAACUUCUGAUGAAGAAAAGGAAAGAGAAAAGCAAAAGUUAGAAAAACAAAUGGCUAUGAAAAAUAUAUCCCCACCUCCUACUGGUAUAAAUUAUUCAUCAAAAAGAAAUAAAAAUCCUUUAAAUAUGACUGAUGUUCGUAGUAGAUAUGUUGAUUAUUUUAAUUAA